GUCCCGGGUCAUCCAACACGGCUCUGAUCAUCGGAGUUCGAUUACGGUCCCGCAAGAAUAUUGCACAGGAUACCAUCCUGCAGAAACCUCGAACGUACGCCUGGGAUCUACAAAGACGAUGAGUGGAGUGCAAGGAGACUUUGAGGAGAAGGAAUUCUCCAGGACGAAAUGUGAUUUCAAGAGUCUGUCGACCCGUUUCGAACUCUGCACGCGUGACUUCCGAAUGCAGUACGCCAAUUUGUACAAGAAGCGCUACGAGAGAUGUUUGCCUGCUUUGCGGAAAAGAGUCGACGAGGAAUGGGGCUCAUCGAAAUGUCCCAUCGAAGAGGUGUGUAAUCUGAAGUGUGGCGUUCAGACCAUCGUGAUGGGAACCCUGUUCAAGACCAUGCCCAAACAGCCUUCGAUCUUGAGGGAGAUCUCUGAAGAUAUUCCGGAAGAUGCAGAGUGUACCGUGGAGCCCACUGAUAACUUCACCUCCGAUGAAGAUGAAUUGGUGCUCGAAGAUCUCCGACAGAGAGUAGCUAUAAGAUCGUCGGACUUGCUGAGUCCUCACAAGCUGGUGACAGGUGUUCCGAUCGCGUUGAUGGGAGCAGUCGACGAGGAGGACGCUCACUUCGUGGUCAAAGAUGUUCUCUAUAUCGGAAUUCGGAACCAACCUCCUGUGCCGACCAUCGCCGAGGACAAGUACGUGGUUUUCAUCAGUGGAUUGAAUCUCAGCAGCAACCAUGACCUCACACCCUUCCAGCUAUUCGUCGAUUACCUGACUGGGAUGAUCGGCAGCAAUAAAGAAGUUGAACGGACGGCGCGGGUCUGCAAGGUCUUCAUCUGCGGCAAUUCUGUCGCCGCUCGCUCGGAGUCAGAGAUGAAAUCUUCGACAUUCUCCCUCCGGAAAGAGGUUCCUGACAAUGCUCCAUUCAUGAACAUUCUCGAUGCGUAUCUCAACGCAUUGAGCAAGAGCGUCCCCGUAGAUAUAAUGCCGGGCGACAUGGACCCGACAAAUAAUCAACUUCCUCAGCAACCCUUGAACCAAGUCCUGUUCCCGAGGAGCGCGGUCAACGGCAACCUAACGUCUGUCACGAACCCUCACGAAUUCGAAAUUGACGGCGUCCGAUUCUUGGGAACUUCCGGUCAGAAUGUCGCGGAUAUACUGCGCUACUCGAGACUUCCAGGGCCGCUCGAUGCGCUGGAAGCCAUUGUUAGGUGGUGUCACCUCAUUCCCAGUGCGCCGGAUACCACGCCCGCAUACCCUCAACAGCAGACGGAUCCGUUCGUCAUUGAAGAAACACCUCACGUGCUGUUCGCUGGCAAUCAACCCGAGUUCCAAGCGAAAAUAUACACUGACGAAGCCGGGAGGAGCGUUCUUCUGUUGAGCAUACCGGCGUUUUGGAAGACACCGACUUGUGUUUGGUUGAACCUGAGGACUCUCGAGGCUUCCAAACUGGACUUCAUCAUAGACGAACCCACGGGCUGAUGCUCAUGAGAGAACAGAAGAACACCUUCGAUGAUCAAUGCUGAGAUUCGUCAAUUUUAUAGGAAGACCCCGAGAACACAAGAGAUCCGUGGCGGCACAAUAAAGACAUCACUUCGAUAUAUUAUCAA